AUGAGAGCGAAGUGGAGAAAAAAGAGAGUUAGACGCUUGAAGCGCAAGAGAAGAAAGAUGAGAGCCAGAUCCGAACUCAGCACCUUGGUCGUCCCUUUAGACUACCACGGCGACGCAAACCGUUCUUUGACUUUGCCCGUCGUCAAGUGGGCCAAUAGGUCUCGGCAACCACCCCGAGUCUUCAGCAACCACGUUCUCCCCGGGACAACACUUUACAACAAUGGCAUUCACUGCGCGGAGGUCUGA